GUAGUCAGAGGGAAGAAACUGAAACCACAGAGAAGGGGAAGAGAGCUUUCCUUUCUCCACAUGAACAUUUUCAUGUAGCGCCACUUGGAGAAGAAAUGCAUCAAAGCCACGAGAGUCAUCAGUGCUUGGCGUGUGAGAAAGGCUUCAGCUUUCAAGGCAGCCUAAAUGCUCACUGGAGAACCUACGUAGGGGGAAAAUUGUUGGACUGCUCAGAAUACCACAAUAAUUGUUUAAAGAAGUCAUCUCCUGAAAAAAAUCUAAGACCUCUGGGAGGAGAAACCCCCUUUGGGUGUUUAGAUCGUGGAAAGAGCUUUAGCCAGAGUGCACACCUUGCUUCUCAUGAGAGAAGUGGGAAGAGGUUCAGUUACAAUUCAUGCCCCCUUGAACUCAAGACAGUCCCCACAGGGCAGAAACCAUUUAAAUGCUUGCAAUGCAGAAUAAGCUUCAGUGAGAGCAGAACCCUUGCUACCCAUGUGAGAAUCCAUACAGGGGAAAACCCAUUUUCCUGCUUGGAAUGCGGAAAGCGCUUCCGGCAGAACUCGCACCUUGCUCGCCAUGUGAGAAUCCACACAGGAGAGAAACCCUUCAAAUGCCUGGAAUGUGGGAAGAGCUUCAGUGAAAAGGCAAACCUUGCUUCCCACAUGAAAGUCCACACGGGGGAGAAACCAUUUUCUUGCUCAGAAUGUGGAAAGAGCUUUACGCAUAAGGGAAACCUGGCUUCGCAUAUGAAAAUCCACACGGGGGAGAAGCCAUUCAAAUGCCUGGAAUGCGGACAGAGCUUCAGACAAAGCACAAAGCUUGUUUGCCACAUGAGAAGCCACAGAGGAGAGAGACCGUUCAAAUGCUGUCAGUGUAGGAAGAGCUUCUGUGAAAGAAGCAAACUUCAGUGCCAUCAAAGAAUCCACACUGGAGAGAAACCUUUUAAAUGUCUGGAAUGCAGCAAAAGCUUCAGUCAGAGCGCAAGCCUAGCUUCCCACAUGAAAAUGCACACAGGAGAGAAACCCUUUAAAUGCCUGGAGUGUGGAAAGAACUUCAGUCAGAGCUCCCACCUCUUUCGCCACAUGAGACACCACAGAGGGGAGAAACCCUUUAAAUGCUCACAGUGUGGGAAGAGCUUCUGUGAAAGAAGCAAGCUUCAAUGCCAUCAAAGAAUCCACACUGGGGAGAAACCCUUUCAAUGCUUGGUAUGUGGGAAGGGGCUCAGUCAGAAGGCAAACCUUGUUUCCCAUAUGAAAAUCCACACUGGGGAGAAACCCUUUAAAUGCUUGGUAUGCGGAAAGAGCUUCAGGCACAGCACAAACCUUGUCCGCCAUGUGAGAAGCCACCGAGCCGAGAAACAAUAUAAAUGUUCACAGUGUGGGGAGAGCUUCUGUGAAAGAGGCAAGCUACAUUCCCAUCAACAAAUCCACAAAGACUAGAAACCAUCUGAAAGCUUGAAAUGUGGAGGGUACUUCAGCCUCUGUGAAAAAAAAAAGAUGUUGUGGAAUGUGAGGUACUAAACAAAUAUGUCUGCAUACAUUUGGAAAUGAUAUCAUACUUCCUGCUGCCUCUCUCUUCCUCUCCUUACAAUCUCGUUAUAAUAUUUUUCCCUAAAACGUGUUGUGUCAAGCUUUAAAUUUUUUAAAUACUUC